AUGGCUGAAGAAGAGCAGAGAGGCAAAGGUACGGCAAGGCGGCGUCCGAGCACGCGCCGAGACUUCGAUCCCAUACCUCUGCCAGUGCCAAAGGAUGUCGCAACGCUGCAGGAGCGACGACUCAUGAGUGGCAAACCCAAAAGACCAGCCAGAUGGCGAGGGCCCCAGAACAAUGCUGGCGCUCUUUCAACAACAUGGCCAAAACACACGGCGCCGGCUGUGCAGUCGCAUAGAGCAACACGAUCAAUUCGCGCAGAUACACCCACCUCAGAGAGCCAUCCGCCAAAGUCGCAGAAUGUCGAGUUGAGAUUUUCCUUCUCAGCGACACCAGAUGAGUCACCCAGCCCGAGAGGCCGCGAGGAAACUGUCACCCGAAGCUUCUCCGGACUAUGCAUGACUGGCAGCGCAAAUCGAUCCGUGUCCGCAAAUCCGCCUCAAACUAGAGCCUCUUCAGCCCAAGAACCACGCCGCCACUCUGAAUCCAUCCCCCAAGCACCUCAGUUGGAAAAACCAAAGAAAAAACGCGAAGGCUACGGUUUCAGCUACUCUGAAACCUUCAUGUUCGAUUCCGACGACUAUCCCGACACAGAAUGUGAAUGGGAGCCAGACGAGCCUCCAUCGCACCCAAAGGCAGACUCCCCAGCAGAUGCCAAUCCUUACCUAAACUGGGACAGAACAGAGCAAAUUUCUCGCCCUGCAUCCAGAGACUCAACAGCAACAGUUGAAGACCAGUCCUUCAACGACCUGGUUGUUCUCCGCGAUGUCGGAUCUUUUCAUCUGGCGCGACCCCAGCGCAUUCUGCCCUGUACACCCGCCACCCGUGAAGACACGCUUCGCCUCAAGGUGCAGGCCAAAACGCUCGUUUCCAAGUACGAAGAGUCAGCUGAUAUUCAAGCCCAGCUUUUGACCCGCUUGGAACGUAUGAUGUAUCUUCAGCAGCAGCAGCAGCGACGAGCAAGUACACCCAGCGAUACCAACGCAAUGGCCACAUGCGCGGAGAAGCUGCGCGAUUUCCUGCUUAGAGUCAAGGAGGAGAGGGUCGAGACGGGCGAGCACAGUACUAUUGUUGAGCACGAGCUUGAAUGGGUCACAUGGUUGGUACAAGCUAGCAAAACGGGUGUUAUGCAUGUUAGGACUGAGGGAUGCACUUGUCGCCCAGAUUGGGACCCAGAGUGAUUGUUUAGGUUGAUGAGCGAAGAAAAACCGUGUCACACGAGGAAGGAAUAGGAAUGGGCUGCUUGAACAUAUUUUGGCGCGCCGCCGGGUCUUGGAUGUCACAGUGCCGCAGCGACAUGGUAUGCAUUCGAGGACCCAGGUGGUCUUGACGAGAGAAGCUGUGGAAGAGAGAGAGAGAGAGUGU